CACAUUUCUCCACUUUAUCGACUUAACUCCGUUGAGCCAAGGCAGUGCCAAUGGACGUAACGGUGGAGAACAGAGCCAUGAAGGGAGUGAGGUACCUCUGUGAAAAUGGCAUCACAAGGAUCCCUCCCAGGUACGUCUUGCCCCUCUCCGAUCGGCCCCGGCUCGCGCCGGCCGUUCGUAAACCCAAUCUCCAGCUUCCCGUCGUCGACGUCGGCCAGCUGCUUUCGCCCGACCGCGCCAGCGUCCUCGAGACAUUAGACAGAGCUUGCAAGGAGUAUGGCUUCUUCCAGGUGGUGAAUCAUGACGUAGAUGGUGAGGCUAUUCGGAGAAUGAUCGACGUCGGGAAGAGGUUCUUCGAGCUUCCGUUCGAGGAGAGAGAGAGGUACAUGACGACCGACGUGAGGAGCGCAGUGAGGUACGGGACCAGCUUCAACCAGACCAAGGAUCGAGUGUUCUGUUGGAGGGACUUCUUGAAGCUGAGCUGCCAUCCUCACGACACUGUUCUUCCACACUGGCCUUCUUCUCCCACGGAUUUGAGGGAGGAAGCAGCUUCAUAUGCCAAGCACGUCAAGUCCUUGUUCUUGGUCGUCAUGGCGGCCGUCCUCGAGAGCCUCGGUGUGGGAACCUCCGCUCUCGACGAGUUCGACGCCGGAUCCCAACUCAUGGUGCUGAAUUGCUACCCAGCGUGCCCUCAGCCUGAUCUUACCCUCGGGAUGCCGGCCCACUCCGACUACGGCUUCCUCACGUUCGUCCUCCAGGACGAGGUCGAGGGCCUCCAGGUGCUGUACCGCGAUGAAUGGAUCACCGUCGAGCCCGUUCCGAACGCCUUUGUCGUCAACGUCGGCGAUCACCUUGAGAUAUUUAGCAAUGGAAGAUACAGUAGCGUGCUGCACCGGGUGCUGGUCAACUCCUCCACGUCGCGGUUGUCCGUGGCCUCCCUCCACAGCCUCCCGUUCGACAGCGUCGUACGGCCGUCGCCGGAGCUCGUCAACGAAGAGAACCCCAGGAUGUACGUGGACACGGAUUUCGCCGCUUUCCUGGACUACAUGUCCUCCUGCGAGCCCCAGCGCAAGAACUUCGUCGACUCCAGGAAGUUGACCCGCCGCCCAUAGUCAUCCAUCCAAAACCCGUUGACGUUGACUUGCCCUACCUGGUUUCCCUGUCCUGAGUCACGAGUCUAUUGUGAAAUACCAUUAUUGAGAUCAGUAGUGUUCUUGUGUAGUCUUUUGUAUCGAAUCCUAUAUGUAUGUCUUUUUCUCUAGUUGGUAUGAGAGGUGUGAUGGAGUUUAAGAUACAUUGGAUCUCCUUCUAAUAGCUAAAUUUUGGGA